GCCAAUUGCCAAACCCUCUUCAGAACAGAGCUAUUUUCACAUUCCGAGUGUGCGCUUUUCUUACCACGUGAAGCGCGGAGUUGGAAUCUUCCUCCUAGAUUUCUCAUAAUUAAACCCUUUUCUUUUCACUGAGAAGAUACACAAGUUUUCAGUUCUCUCCACUCGUCAAGUUGCAAUCUUGAUCUCAUUUGCUUGCCGAGAAAUUAGAAAGAAUGGGUGGGUGUUGCAGCAAGAACGAGCCUUCCACCCGAGAUAUUAAUGGUUAUAGAUCGGGAGGAGCAGGCAACACAGGGUAUCAACAAAGUCACCAAUACCAGAAACCAUCAACUCAAUAUACACCUCAGCCUGAAAGGCACCACCACCCCACACCACCAACUCAGCCCCACCCGCCAAUUCCAGCUCCUCACGGACCUGCUCCGCAACCCCAGAACGCUGUUCAGAAAUUAGAGCACAAUAAUAUUCUGGGAAAGCCAUUUGAGGAUGUCAAGUCCAAAUACACAAUUGGGAAAGAAUUGGGGAGGGGCCAGUUUGGGGUGACUUACUCUUGUACUGAGAUUGCCACUGGGCAACAGUAUGCCUGCAAGUCCAUAUUGAAGAGGAAACUUGUGAGUAAGAAUGAUAAGGAGGAUAUGAAGAGGGAGGUUCAUAUAAUGCAGCACUUAAGUGGGCAGCCAAAUAUAGUGGAAUUCAAGGGUGCUUUUGAGGAUAGGAACUCUGUUCAUCUAGUAAUGGAGCUUUGUGGCGGGGGGGAACUGUUUGAUAGGAUUAUUGCUCAGGGUCAUUAUUCUGAGAAAGCUGCUGCUGAUCUUUGUAGGCAGAUUGUGAAUGUGGUUCACCAUUGCCAUUUUAUGGGGGUGAUGCAUAGGGAUCUCAAGCCUGAGAAUUUCUUGCUGUCGCGUAAGGAUGAAAAGGCAAUGUUGAAAGCAACUGAUUUUGGGCUCUCUGUCUUCAUUGAAGAAGGAAAGGUAUACCGUGAUAUAGUUGGUAGUGCAUACUAUGUUGCUCCUGAAGUGUUGCGGAGAAGUUACGGGAAGGAAAUAGAUGUAUGGAGUGCUGGUGUUAUUCUGUACAUCCUCCUCAGUGGUGUACCUCCAUUUUGGGCUGAAAAUGAAAAGGGCAUAUUUGAUGCUAUACUGAAAGAAGAAGUUGAUUUUGACAGCCAGCCUUGGCCUUCCAUAUCAAAUAGUGCCAAAGACCUUGUUCGAAAAAUGCUGACGAAGGAUCCAAAAAGGAGAAUUACUUCUGCUCAAGUACUUGAGCACCCCUGGAUUAAGGGACAAGCAUCUGACAAGCCGAUAGAUAGUGCAGUUCUCUCUAGAAUGAAGCAGUUCAGGGCUAUGAAUAAGCUCAAGAAACUUGCUUUAAAGGUCAUUGCACAAAGUUUAUCGGAGGAAGAAAUUAAGGGUCUUAAGGCAAUGUUUACAAAUAUUGACACCGACAGGAGUGGGACAAUCACUUAUGAAGAAUUGAAAUCUGGAUUGGCUCGGCUUGGAUCAAAACUCUCAGAGGCUGAAGUGAAACAACUCAUGGAAGCUGCUGAUGUGGAUGGUAAUGGAACAAUCGACUACAUCGAGUUCAUCACAGCUACGAUGCACAGACAUAAGCUGGAAAGAGAUGAACAUCUGUUUAAGGCAUUUCAGUUUUUUGACAAGGAUAGCAGUGGCUAUAUCACAAGAGAUGAACUGGAAACUGCUAUGAAGGAGUACGGAAUGGGGGAUGAGGCCACCAUCAAAGAGAUAAUAUCUGAAGUGGACACAGAUAAUGAUGGGAGAAUCAACUACGAGGAGUUUUGUGCAAUGAUGAGAAGUGGAACACAACAACAGGUAAAGCUGUUCUAGAUCAAGGAAAAUGCUGCCUGAGCAGAAUUUUUUUCGGACAUGAAGACCUCUGCUUAGGAUAACAAAAACUGUCGACCAUGGGUGUAACGUAACAUGGUCUCUUGAGUUCCUGCAUGGAUCAUCUCUUCUUAUUCAAUGACUUCGAAGGUGAUAGGGUUACAGUUUGUGAGGCCUUUUAGUUCAGAUUGUUUAUAAUUUUUGUGUUAAUGGAUACUUAGUUCUAUUAUUGGUUUGUCGAUCCUUUACUGUAUUUGGAAGCUAUGGUCAUAAUUUUCAAAUGUACAACAGUUCUUACUGUUUAAUCUUGUAAGAAUACACUCCUGUGUGUAUAGUAAUGCUUUACAUUUUCAAGUUUAAAAUGCUAGUUCUAUUACUUCCAUCAA